GGAAGUAUGUAGCAUUGUAGGUCAAUACAACCAAAGAUCUACUUACACGGCAUCAAAACGACUGUGACAGCUGUGCACACCUGUAUUUAAUCAACUAAAGUUCUCGAGUAAAUAAAGAAGAGAGCGCCAAAUGGUGUAAUUUACUGCACGACGUCGACGGCAUGGUCGGUGGCAUAACUCGUUACAUACCGUUGAAAAAAAGCAUGAGAAUCGCUGUCGUGAUGUUCCUCGUCAUUCUUGUGGGGUGUGUGCUCUAUGGAUCGUUGGCAUCGGAUAAGAACAAUGCUUACAGAGUGGUACGAGCCAAUGAUCCAAGACUUCAACAUGAAAUUGAUGUUCUACACAAGAAAGUUCGGGAUCUUGAGAAAGGGAAGAAGACCUACCCGGAUGUUAGAUUUCUCACAUACAAGGACAGAAAACGAAUUCUGGUAUCGGGAGGGGCAGGUUUCGUUGGAUCUCACCUUGUUGACCAGCUGAUGCUCCAAGGUCAUGAGGUGUCCGUUGUGGACAAUUUCUUCACUGGCAGGAAGAGAAAUGUUGAACACUGGAUUGGACAUGAGAAUUUUGAGUUGCUGCACCAUGAUAUUGUCCACCCACUCUACAUUGAAGUUGAUCAGAUCUAUCACUUGGCCUCUCCAGCCUCUCCUCCUAACUACAUGUACAACCCAAUCAAAACACUCAAGACAAACACGAUUGGGACCAUCAACAUGUUAGGUUUAGCCAAGAGAGUGCGAGGAAGACUGCUGUUGGCGUCCACAUCAGAAGUGUACGGAGAUCCUGAGGUUCACCCACAGACCGAAGACUACUGGGGUCACGUGAAUCCUAUCGGUCCACGAGCUUGUUACGAUGAAGGGAAGAGAGUCGCAGAAACCAUGUGCUACGCUUACCAGAAACAGGAACACAUAGAGGUGCGAGUGGCGAGAAUCUUCAAUACGUUUGGGCCAAGAAUGCACAUGAAUGAUGGCCGAGUGGUUAGCAACUUCAUUCUUCAAGCUCUGCAGAAUGAAUCGAUUACUGUGUAUGGCGAUGGAACUCAAACCCGUUCUUUCCAGUACGUCAGUGACCUAGUUAAUGGACUGAUAAAACUGAUGAACAGUAACUACUCUUUUCCCAUCAACAUCGGGAAUCCAGAAGAACACACAAUCAUGGACUUUGCACAAAUAAUUAAAAAUUUAGUCGGUGGUCACAGUCAGAUUGUUAAGAAGACAGCUAUGGAAGAUGACCCCCGCCGACGUAGACCGGAUAUUACACGAGCAAAGAAAUAUUUAAACUGGCAGCCAGAGGUUCCUAUGAUGGUCGGUAUCAACAGAACAAUAGAGUAUUUCCGCAACGAGCUUCAUCGGUCUCGCCACAGCGAACGUAACUUACAUUCGCCGGACGAGACGUAGCCAACAUUCGCCGGACAAGACGUAGCUACCAAAACAGAUGCAUUUUAAUCCUUUUGCUAGAGCUGGGCGGUAUACCAAAUUUUAAAAUAACGAAAUUUCUGUUAUGAAUAAUGUUCCCUGCCAUUUAGUAAAACACUAACAAUAUAUUUCACGAAUGCAAAAAAAAUGGGUUGGGUAUAAAUCAGAUGAGAGCCUUAUGUAUGGAAUUUAAUUUUAUUUAGAUGAAAUUAGUGGGUGAGCUUCAACUCACGCAUGCAUUUAAAGCUGAUAUACUGCUUGAUAUUGGUGUUGUGUCAGUACCGAAUACCGCACUGAUACCGAGGUAAAUCACUCCAAAAUACCGAUACUGAUACCGAAUCUUAAAUUUCAAUACCACCCAGCUCUACUUUUUCACCUAAUUUUUGUCAUAUACUAAUUGUUAUAUUCAAGACGUCUGGGUUGAACUGUUUCAUAGGGCAGAUAGAGUUAAAGGCAGGAGAGCAUUUUUUUUUUUUAAACCUAAUGCCUGAUAAAAUAUUUCAUGCAAAUAUAUACAUUUAAUUUCUUCCAAAAAAGUACAUUAUUCAACCAAUUACAUUGUCAUCGUAUCCAUAUUGUGACUGAUAUUUUGGUAUAUUAUUGAAUUAUGUCUAUAUGGCCAUUAUUCAGACAAAUAUCUUUGUUCGUUUGUAGCUUACAGGGCAGGAUUUAGCUCAGUCGGUAGAGCGCUCGCUUGAGUUGUAGGACCCCAUGGGGUUAUUCUUAUUCUAACCAAUUCAAAAUAUGUUGUAUAUGCUGUCCUCACUGUGGGAGAGUGCAUAUAAAAGAUACCAUGCUACUAAUGGAAAAAUGUAGCAGGUUUUCUCUAUGAAUAAAUAACUGAUGGUGUAUAAAUUUCGCCAUCUUUGAGGAACCUUUUUGAUGGCACAAAAGUGCCAUCGGUAAUGCUCCAGACCUCCACAAUGUAUAUCUCGAUGAUGGCAAUUGCCAUCUGUGGUGUUACCAUGUUCGAGCCCUGUAAUAGGUCAAGUGCGACCCUGCCGUUAACAUUAAAGAAUGAGACAGAUUACAUCUCACCACUUUACGUGUUCCCAGUAUCCGUUCUUGUUGUGAGGUUUAAUAUUUCUUCACACUGUGAUUUCAGCUCUUUUCAUUGCUACCAUUCCAUGUGAUGCAGUCUAAUGGAGAUCAGAUCCUAAAAUCCAAUGGGUUUUUUUUCUCUUAAGAUCUGUAUUAAUGUGUUUAAAGAAAACCUUUAUUUAAAGUCUAGACCGAAGACUUCAGUAAAGAUUCGCCCAGACCAGCUGAACAUUGUUAAGGUGAUGCCACACAAUGCGAGUGCCCUGUACGAGAAAAGCCGAUUGUGAAAAGACAACAUUACGAUUUUAUUAGCUGCUGGGGCAGGAUGUACAUGUAGCCCAAUGGUAAGCGUUCACUUGAUGUGCGGUCGGUCUGGGAUCAAUCCCAGUCGGUGGGUCCACUGGGCCCAUUUCUCGUUCCAACCAGUGCACCGCGACUGCUAUA